AGCCUCAAAAACUCCCAGUAGCCCUCCUCCUCCUCCUCCCUUCUUCUUCCUCCUCCCUCAAGAAUCCCUCCUCCCUCUCUCCUUUCUCAUUCAAACGCUGCAACUCCUGUUGUGUCAGUUUUAUCUCUUUCCUUUUCCUCCUCCUCCUCCACCACCACCACCAAGCACCACCACUAGGCAGAAGAGAAAUCAGUAGCAGGUGGUGGAGAUGGUGCCACAGAACUAUUUCCCUAUUUCUUCAGCCUUGAGAAGACUUGAAUUAUUACAUGUGGAGAUAUACAUAGACUAGCUUCUUUGAAUGCAAGUUAAAUCAACUGGAAAGAACUGGAAAGGAGCACAAAGAAUUCUUCACUUUCCAUGGGAAUGUUUUUAUAAAUAGUUUGUAUUGUGUGUGGCUAGCUGCCUUUACAGAUGAGCAAAAACAUUCAACAGACUUCUCUUGAAAGAGCAGUCUGCUGUCAAACAUCCACAAGCAAACAAGUGGAAAACCAUUGAAGUGGCCUUAUUUCCAACAUAAAAAACUUCCGUCAUUCAUGUUGAUAUCAACAAAGGAAAUAUGCCUACUCAACCUCUCUUAGCAUAUAUGGAUGGACCAGAUGGAAUAGCCAGUACUGUUGGUUCGCGUAUGGAAAACAAUGAUGCCACUAUGCCAAUAAAAGGGGCAAACACAAUCUCCUAUAAGAACUUGCAAGACAAAUUCUUAAUGCAAGGUGAAGGAUGCAUGCCUUUGGAUUGCAUGUUUUGUGAUCAGAUUUUCAAGCAUCCAGAAGACCUUGGUAAGCACAUCUUAACACAGCACCGGCCAACACUUUGUGAACCUGCCGUUCUGCGUGUAGAAGCAGAAUAUUUGAGCCAUGUUGAUAAAGGACAAGUGAAGACGAACUUGCCAUCUUCAAAUAUCAGUGAAAACAGUAGCCAGGAUUUCAGUUGUGUGGUUUGUGGCCAGACCUUUGAUGAGGGUUUUGAUGUUGAGGCCCACAUAAGGAAGCAUAAGGACUCUUUUACUUACUGGUGCAAUGUGUGUGGAAGGAGAUUUAAAGAGCCUUGGUUUCUCAAAAAUCAUAUGAGAACACAUACUGGGAAACCUGGCUCUAGAAGCAAGACCCCACAAGGGUCCGAGAGUCCCAUAACAAUAAAUGAGGUGGUGCAGGACCAAGUAACCGAGAACAUUACAUCACCUUAUAAAAUCUGCAUGGUUUGUGGCUUCCUAUUUCAGAAUAAGCAAAGUCUGAUUGAGCACAGUAAAGUACACACCAAAGAUUCAGUUGCCAAUGCUGAAGACACUCAGAACAACAGAAGUGACAAAGGAAAUACAUCACCCAGAGAAGAGUUUUUGCAAUUUCUAAACCUAAAACCACGUUUGCCUCCAAGCAGCAGCAAACAAGAAAAGCCUGUGAAAUGGAUAGCAGAAUUAGAUCCAUUCAGUACAUACCAGGCAUGGCAACUGGCUACGAAAGGAAAAAUUGCUGUUGGCCAUGGGCAAAUAAAAGAACCAGGGCAAGAGGGAAGUACAGACAACGAUGAUUCAUCUUCUGAUAAAGAAGAGCUUGGGGAAAUUUGGAAUCCAAGCAAAGUGAGUCAAACUGAAAGCACAGGAAAGACCAAGGCAAGCAAAAAUGGAAAUUAUGCAGGGUUCGGUAGUGGGGCACAAAACAAAUUGAAAUAUCCCUGUCGUGAAGUGCCUUCUAUGGAGAUAGACUCUAAGUUGUCCCAGAACAAAGAUAAGCCCACACUUUGUUCAGAGUGUGGCAAAGCCUUUCGAACAUACCACCAGCUAGUCCUUCACUCAAGAGUCCAUAAGAAAGACCGAAAGAAUAGCCUAGAAGCCAGUUCUUUGGAAGCAAAGCAGCCAAGUACAAGUCUUCCAGACAGUGGGACAGUGGAUGAGAAUGGAGCAAGAGAACAGGUGGAGGGGGGCUCUGAAGAUGGUUCCGAGGAUGGACUGGAGACCUUAGAUAAAAAUGAAGAUGGCACGGAAAGAGCAAAAGUUAAAAACCUCGGGGCUUCAAGAGAAUGCAGCUAUUGCGGGAAGUGUUUCCGUUCCAAUUAUUACCUCAAUAUUCAUCUCAGAACUCACACAGGUGAAAAACCAUAUAAAUGUGAAUUUUGUGAGUAUGCAGCAGCCCAGAAAACAUCUUUGCGAUAUCAUUUGGAGAGACAUCACAAGGAUAAGCAUGGAGAAGCUCUAGCCGAUGGGAAAAAUGACAGCAAAGGGUUGUUACCUUCUCGGGAGAUGGGCUUCUUACCAGGGAGCAGGCGUGCUCCAGAAACCAAAAAUCUGAAAAGACUCCUCCAAGGUGCCAAAGACUCCAAAGAAGGCCCGCCAGUAAAACAGAAGAAGGCAAUGCUCUCCGCCUUUCAGAGUGCACUGAAAAAUAUAACUCAGGAUACAAACAAAGGUACAGAGUGUGAUGGUUCAAAUGCAGGCUCGUCACUUCCUUCCCUUGAAAACAUAAAAUUGGAAAAAAAUGCAGUGGAACUUCAAACAAACAAUAUUGUUGAUAGGACUGAGAAAAGGAUUUCUGUGUCACCAGAAACCAUGCUUUAUAUCAAUGCUUUAAAAGGAAAAACAAAUAUGCCGCUUCUAAGUGAUAUAACAGAUGAUUCAAAAGGCAGACUGAUAAUUCAAGAGAAUCCCUUAAAUUUAUCUACAGGCUCUUCUCAGGAUGUUCUAGUAACCUCUGUUUCCCGAGGCACCUUAUCAACCAUUACCUGCCCCUUUUGUACUUAUCGGACAUUAUAUCCAGAGGUUCUAGUAAUGCACCGCCGACUGAUGCAUAAACCCCCCAAUAACCCCAAUACUGUUAAUAAAAGCCUCAGAAAUAGGGCCAUUGUUAAAGGCAGACGUACUGGAUGCCCACCAUGUCUUUUGGGUAAGGAUGUGACCCCAUUGCCUCUUAAUUCUGGAAAAACCAAGACUUCUCUGCUUACCCAUUCGAAAACCCCAUAUGUGGAGAAGGUUAAACAGUGUCCUGUGCUACAGAGUAAAACAUCCAUUUUUUCAGGGCUGAAUUCCAGCGGCUCGGCACCAAAAUCGUGCAAACCACAAAUGAUUGGAAUUCACAUGAAUAAUUCUAGACAAAAGCAUGAAAUGCAUCUUACUCCUAGUAACACUCCAAUACAGGACAGAGGGAAAAAGCUGGAUCCUAAAACAAGAUUUUUGGCUUCUCAGUUAGGUGUAGCAAGUAGCAACAUCAGUGGCUCCCUUGAGACUUCGUUGAAUGAAGCUGCUUGGACAAGCAAUCAAGAAACAGAGUUUGUCAGUAACAGACCUGCUGGGAAUGCAAACUUGGAAUUUGAUGGACAGACUUCCAAAAGAAUGAGGCCUAAUCUCUUGACUUUGGAGCAGAUUGACUCUUUUCUCUGUCGGAGAGGGAAUGAUGCUGGCAGAUUUCAUAGUACAGGCAGAUAUGCAGGCCUACUAUCUCAGGAAUGUUCACACACCGAGUCCGUCACUCCUUUUCUUCCAGCCAAACAAGGGCUCAGGACCUCUGAAGUAGAUGGUGUAAAUCCAGUGACUAUUCUAAAGCCUUACGAAACCUAUGGUCCUGGGCCAUUUUACGCUUCCUGUGGAUCGAGCAGUGGCCAAUUCCCAGGCUCUUCAAAAGAAGGAAAAAGGCCAGUGUCAUAUCAACAUUUGUCUAGCACCAUACUACAAAAGCGAAGUCAUGAGAGCUUUCUGGACAAUGCACAUAAUCGACUAAAUAAUAAGCGAACAUGAUUGACUGCAGUGAAUGGUAUGAGGAUGCAAAUUUUGAAUUCCCUUGCAAUUCGUCUCUUGAGAAUAAUGGAUGAUGAAAGCUACCAAAUUAAGCUGUGAUUGCCUAUGUAUAGAGAAAAAAAACACACACUACAGUUUUGUUAUGGAAGGUCUAAUUUGUGUUUGUACAGUGUGGACACAAUCAACAUUAUCCAAAACAGGGUUGUGAAGAAUUGGUAAAGGGGUUCAUCAGGUCCUGAUCUUCAGUAAUAUUUUUUCUUAGAAUGAGGAGAGACCAAAUAUUCAUAAUAAAAUAUAUAUUUUACAUUCAGUGCUGCUGAAAAGAAAUCUCACUUCUGAAAAUGUGUGUGUGUGUGUGUAAUCCUUACGCCUCAGGUAAAUGUGUUGGAAGAUUUUGGUAUAAGGAAAGGUGUUUGUCAAAUUCUCCUUUGUGCUUUAAACUAUGUACAUUUUUUAAAGUUUCCAAAUGAACAGUGUACUUUUAUACUCAUCUUGUGCACAAUUUAAAAUAUUCUCAGAGUAAGGUAGGAAUAUGAACAAACAGAGACCAUAGUCUGUUUAAAUAAGACGUUCUUCUGUUAAGAAGGAGAGAGAUUUUGCAGAGCCCUUGAUAUACAGUCACAGUUACUUCCCUAUAGUGGAAGUAUAAGAUUUCUAGCAGAAUGGUUUUUGACUUUCAACUAUUGCUCAGUUAUUAUAGUUCAGUUAUUCAUCCAUUUCUAUAUACUAGUUUUUGGCUCAACAUACACAUCACAACUAUGUGCUUAUACACACACACAUGUUUUGCACAUAUCCCCAAAGCACACAAAACUCAUUCCCUUUAAGAUUGAUACAACUCACAAUUAUUCCAAGUAGAAAUAAUGCUUUUAUGUUUAAAUGACAUAGCUCUUUGUGUAACAUCUAAGCAGAGGCUGGAAGCUGUUUCCAUCCUAGAAACCAGAAUUGUCCCUCGGCUGAUUUGGCAAACCCUUACUUCCACACUAGACUGCUCUGGCCUUUUUUUCUUUCAAAUGCCCAUUUGCAUUCCCACCAAGCAAGGAGAACUACCAUGUUUCUCUCUGCUUUGCAAAGGGUCCUUUCUCAUGGCCCUUGCUAUCAUUUAUAAAGUGAGGGCAUGCAAAGGAAAUUACACCCACCUUCCAAGUUGGAGGGUGAGUGGGGAAGGGGAGGAAUCGACCCGAAAUAACAGCAGGGUUUCCCCACAUGCUGCUUGUCUGUCUAGCCGUGAGUGAGUCAUCUUUCAUUCUAUAUCUCUCCCCAAGUCAGAGUACAAACUUGAGACGUAUAAGGAUAUAUCCAACUUUGGCAGGAGGUUCUGUGCCCACCUCUUAAUGAGAGAUUCAGCAGUACAACUCUUUUCAGGGUUGUAUUUUGAACAACAUUUUGACAUUCCCAUUUUGAAGUCAUCGCCUACCCUUUAUGGUUUGCCUGACACUAUUUUUGCCAAAACCAUUAUGGGUUGUAUCCUAUGUGCAUAGUCGAGCUAGAAGUUGAUUUGAUACAUUUAUCCAAAAAAAGUUGUUCUGAUGAAUUUAAAUAAUUUAUCCACUGUGCCUGAUUAAAUAUUGAAUAAGAUAACUUUAUUACAAGCCAAGGAGUUGUUCAUAUUCAUGAUGAAUGUUCCAAACAUCUUGUUAAACAACAGCUUAUUAUUAUUUUUAAUUUGCGAUUGACAUGUAGACAUUUCCAGGACUAAAAAUGGUUUCCCAAAUAUGUUUUGCACUCUUGAAUGUGUUUUGUUUCUAAUGUAAAACAAAGAAGAACAUUCCCUUUACUCUGAUAUGCAACUUGGAGAUGUUUUAAGUAUUUUUUGUUACUUCCUGUGUAUUAAGGAAAAUGUAAUUUUGAUGUCUCUGUAAAACUGGCAAUGUAACAAAGUGCUGUGUAUCAGGAAAUUAUACACAAUAGUUUUCCUGUUCAUAAGCUGAGCCAUAUGUACAUAAAAUCUAGAUUUUCACCCUAGUUUAGCACUUUUAUAACCUAUUUUUAAAGAUGAAUACACUUUGAAGAUGUUUAAUCUAUUUUCCGGAUUCGCCAAUGAGUCUUAUAGAAUAUGUACUAUUGCUUGCCUGUUUGUUUCUUUUCUGAGUGCUCCUUUUUUUUAACUGAUUGUAAGGAAAUAGGGAUGACCAGAGCUAUACUCAAUAACAGUUAUCAGAACAAUCCCGUAUAUUUUGGUGGUGUAGUCUUUUUGAGGUUUCCCAACUUUCUUCUCCAUAUUGUAAUACACGCUAUAGUUUCCACAUCUAAUUCUGAAAUGCCUUUUGCUACCUUUUGUAGCAUGGGAUCCAUUAUUACAAUAAACAUAUUUUUGCCAUAUAGAAGUAAUGUUGGAAGCACUGGAUCACACAUUUCCUUCUGCAUAUGUCAAUGUGUAUUUUGCAAAGAGGUAGGACAUUACCAGGAAAAGGAGCCAUGUGACCCACAUUUUCUGAUGUUAUGGCACAUGAUGAAGAAAUCCCUACAUUGUGAAGGUAUCAUGAAAGGGGUUUUUAACUGCAGCCGUAAGGCACAGUCCACCAACAACACCAUGCAUAUCCUGUUAUAACAAAAAAAUAAUGCAGCGGUGCUUUAUAGAUUGCAGUUCUGAUCUCUGAAGUAGAUUUUGCCCAUCAGUAUUAACUAUGGGAUACUACUGUGUUCAUUUGGUUAUUGUCAAUAACAGAGUAUACUGGUACAAAAUGUUCAUUUAUAUUUAUUUCCUUCCACCUUGAUUUAUUUUAAUUGUGAAACCCUUAUGUUCUUGAGCUAUGGACACCACAGAAGUCAUUUUAAUUUAUGCUGUAUUUUCAGUUUAGUGGUUUAUGUUAUAUAUGGAUGUAAAUACAGACUUUGUGGAGGUUUUUACAAAUGCUCCUCUUGUCUUUAUUUUGUACUCUGAACACAUUUAUAUGUACUUGACAGGCAGGAUUUUGAUUUGGCAUUAUGAUUUGAGGGUGCUAGUGUAAUUUUACUCUGAAUGUAUUUAUAAAUAAAAACUUUUGAGGGAUCAAAA